UGUAAUGAUAGAUUAGUAAACAAUAACACUUGAUUAAAUAUAUGGAUGCAAUUUUAAAAGGGUGCCAUUUCUUUAUGGGGAGAUGGAAGGAACAAAUCCUAUUCCAAUUAAUGAAGCAGAUGAAGAUUUAGAUUCUGAUAAAUAAUAAUAAUAAAACUAACAUAAAAUAAUAUCCCCAAUAUAAUUAAAGACAUAAUUAAAACCUCUAAUAUAAACUAGAAAAAGAAGAUAAACAGUUCAUAAAUCACCUGUUAAUAAAUCUCAAUUUGAAAAUCAUAUUGGAUUUAGAAAUUCAUUUUAUAAAAGCAAUAAUAAAGUGAAUUUGGCAUCAAGAUAGAGGGUUGAAGAAUUGAAGAAUUAAGAGAUUUUAAUGUUUACAAAAUAUGUUUAAAGAUUUUAAUUGUAAAAGUAAGCACUUUGGAAUUGAC